AUGUUCUACGAACCGGGCACAAGCUCCCCGCCUCCUCCGGAAUACGAUCCAAAGAAUGAGAAACGAAAAUUUAAUGGAUUUUCCCGAUCCGAGACGGUCGAGCCGUUUAUUGAGGGCACAGAGACGGCGCCGAAAGAUCGGAAUGGCCUCGUUUGGUGGAUUUUCCUUCUGCACGGGAUCGGGGUGUUGAUGCCGUGGAAUAUGUACAUCACGAUAGCACAUAAUUACUUUGAGGGAUUCAAGCUAUGGGAGUGGCGGAACGCAACUUUACCCCUGAAAAGUGACAAUGCUUCCUCUUUUUCUCUGCACCCAACCGAGGAGAGCCGUGUGUUUCUCCACUGGAUGACCAUUUGCUCACAAACACCGAAUUUGGUGCUCAACUGCUUGAAUAUCUUCAUACCGAUUAGAGGCGAUCUCACCCGGCGGAUCACCAUCUCUAUAUCCAUCGUCGGAUUGGUGGUGCUGUUGACGGAUCUCUUGGUUUUUGUCGACACUUCUACAUGGGUGACCUCAUUUUUCUAUUUAACUUUGAUUCUAAUCGCUCUCCUUAAUGGCGCAAACGGGAUCUACCAGAGCUCGAUCUACGGAGUUGUAUCCGAUUUCCCAUUCAAAUACACAAAUGCGGUGAUCAUCGGGAAUAACUUUUGCGGGACUUUCGUCACGAUUCUCAACAUUUUGGCAGUAUUGGUUUCGUCAAAUCCUCAAUAUCAAGCUUUCGUCUUUUUCACGAUCUCUCUUUUCACGAUUGGGCUUUGCUAUGUGUCGUUUUUUGGGCUCAAAUACCAGGAAUUCUACAGAUAUUACUCGGGCCAAGGAAUCGAGAAUCGACAGCAAAAUUGCCAAGGAAUCAUUUCUCUGACGGAAUAUAAAAGAACGAUAAAAGAAGGCUGGAUCCAGUUCGUCAACGUUUUCCUCAUCUUUUUCGUCACUUUAUCUCUUUUCCCGGCGGUGAUGAUGAACGUGAAGCCAAAUGCACCAAAAGCGAAUGGGGAAUUCGAUUACGAUUUCAUUUUCCCAAAAGAUCAAUACGUGAAUAUCUCUUGCUUUCUUUUGUUCAACGUUUUCGCGUUUAUCGGAUCGAUGUUGGCGAGUGCGACAAAGCCACUGCUUUCGCCGAAAGUGCUCACUAUCUGCUGCUGGAUCCGUUUGCUGUUGAUCCCGGCGAUUGUCAUGUGUAACUAUCAGCCACUUGGGAAAGGUGGAGCUCGAAGGAAAUUGGCGAUUUGGAUUCUCAAUCCUUGGGCUUACAUGUCUCUCGCGAUGAUCAUGUCUCUGUCAUCGGGGUAUUUCUCGUCGCUGGCAAUGAUGUACGCCCCAAGGGUUGUUGACUCAAGUCGUGCCCGUUUAGCCGGCAUGAUCUCGGCUUUCAUCUUGAUUUGUGGAGUUGUUGCCGGUCUCUGGUUCUCGGUGAUUUUAGCGCAAAUCGUUUUAUGG